CUCCCUCCCCUUCCCAAAUUACCUCACAUAUCGUUUAUUUCCAUUGUUUUCGCGCCUAAAUACCGUGAAAAAGGCGGGCUAACUCCUAGACCCGAGCUCGAACCCACAAGUGCGCGAGUGAAGGUGGAACGUGGCAGAAUCACAUUGAAAGCUCGUAAAAGCCCCAUAAACCCAUUAACCCCAGGACUCCACGUCCACACUAAAUCCGAUUCUCCACUGAUCCAUCCCAGCUGCAAUCAGUAUAUACCCGUAUAUAAAUAAUGUCGCAGCCAACAGUCACCUCGUUUUUCCACACGCGCAAACGACAAGCGACUGAUGAACUGAAGAACAAAGCCAAAGUCCUCAUUCUGGAGCAGGAGCGAACGCGUUCCAAGGGGAUUGAGGUUAGUAAACCAGCGAAAGACGCCGAAACCUCCGACUCGUCGAGUCCAAAACUAGUGUUCACAUCCGACCCUAAACCAGAGAAGUUAAAUUCGGUAGUGAGGAGCAUUCAGUUCGAUGCUAAGUCAUCCCCAAGAGCCAGGAUGACAACGAGGGGGAGAGCCACUCGAAGCAGGAAGGGCUCAGCUCAGGAGGGGCAGCAGGACAUUCGUGAGUCCUUCCAGAAGAUCAACGAAGAGAAGACGAGCAAGAACGUCGUCUUCGAGAAGAAGGGGCUGCUGAGCCCGAGGAAAGCGAUAUCGACUCCCAACGAGGCUCAGAGUGCCCCUGAGACGAGUGAGGAGCCAGCUGCUGGCUCCACAACCCCCAAGAGCAGUCUGGAGAGGGUUGGGAGGUCCCAGCUGAGUCUUCGUGAGAUCAAGGACAGGAUCAACAGGUCCUCGAGGCUGGCCGAGCUCAAGGCCUCCAUCGACAGGAUCAAGAGGUGCGAGGAGAAGCUGGAGAACCUCAGGAAGGACGAGGAGGACAAGGGGAUGCCCCCGAAGAUCAGGAAGUUCGAGAGGAUCGAGCUGGAGGUGCCUGUGAGCCCUCAGAAGGGCAUUCGAUCCCCUAUGAAGACCCCCACCAAGUCCAUUAGGUUCUGUCCAGGGGUCAGCCCCCAGAGGAGAUUGCUCUUUGAGCCCAAGGAGAAGACGCCCAGCCCUGUCAAGUCGAGCCCAACGAAGGCUCCGGCUUACCAGAGGUAUCAGUCCAUCGUCGACACUGCGACGCCAGCUCUCACUUUACCCUUCGGCUAUCGGUUCCUGGGGGAGGUCUUCAGGUGUAUCGACACCGUGGCUGCCAUGCUGUUUAACAGGAAGGAGACCAUCACCUUCAGGAAGCUCAAGCCUGCUGUUCAGGAGCUGCUGAGGAGGAACUUUACGGUGGAGCAUCUGGCGCAGGUGCGGACGGUUUAUCCUGGGGCUUUUGCAUUGAGCAUGGAGAAGAUGAGGUCCUUUGGGUCGGCCUCCAAGCAGGAGAAGUACGAACUCGUGCUGACGCCGUUGGUCGAGAGGAAGAGUGGGAGGAACACUCCUGAUGGGGAGGAUGUCAUCAAGUCUGCUGCCGAGAUGAGCAUGGGGCCCGCGGUGCUCUUGGAGAGGAAGAGGAAGUUCUAUAAUGCUCUUUUAGAACGUGUGAAGACCGAACACGAGAAGUUCCUCCUGAACCUGGAGAGCCCCAUGGUGAUCCCAAAGGAGAAAAUAACUCGUUGGCACCCAGAAUUCGACGUCGACAAUUGUCCAGCGAUAGAACAAGCUGAAUUACCCCAGCCCCCUAACGUCGAAAAAGCAACAUCAGCCCACGACGUUCUCGAAAAGGCAAAGAGUCUCUUCAACUGCAAUACGAGAAUGGAGAAAGCCCUUCAGCGUCUGGCUGAGGCGAAGAUGACGUCCACCAGUCAAGUUUCAUCAAAUACUGAAGUGGAGACUCAGACGACUGGUACUAAGAGGCUGGAGGUCACUGUUGAUACUCCACCAGCUACUCCACAGACUGAGAAGAAGGCGCUCAUCAAUCCUGCGCUCAAGGGAAUUCCCUUGGCUCUUCUCGAGAAGGUUCGGGCUAAACAGGCAGCAAAGGCACUGGAGGCAAUGACAAGGACACCGAACGAGGACAAAGAGGCAGCUCUGUACGCACGUCUUCCAGAGAUGUCGAAAAUUCUGAGAAAUAUUUUUGUAGCUGAGAAGAAGGGAGUUCUGGCCCUCGAGUUUGUCAUCCACAAACUCGACAAUUCAUACAGAACUAAAAUGACACCUGGUGAACUCGAGGAGCACAUCCAACUCAUGUGCAAACUGUUACCCACUUGGGCUAGUAUUCAUAAUGUUAGGAAGACAAAUUACCUCAAGAUUGCUAAAGACAUUGACAUUGCCAAGGUCGUGAAACGAUUUGAAAUCAUGGCUAACGAUAAAGUUAAAGGGUGAUCUCGUAUUUCUGUACUUAUGUUUAUGCAUUUAGUUUAAUUUGAGCAUUCACUCUGCGGUGAAUACAGGAUUCAUUUUUUUUUCAUAUUUUUGGUUUUUUAAAGUGAGUGUCUGAGACUGACUGCAAGCACGUGUGGAAUUUACUCAAUCAAUUUUUUUAUGCACGAAGUUACUUGAGAAAAUGUUUAGUUAAUUUUUUUCAAUUCACUGUAAUUAUUCCUGAAUUUUUGGAAAUUCUUUUUUGUUACGACGAGCGAUUAAUCAACUGGGAAGUUUUUUUUGUAUAUUGUAUUGAGCAGAAUAAACUUUUUCAUUGUAA